AUGAAUACUUUAUUAUCAAACAAAUUAAAUUCACCAAUGUUUUCACCAUCAAUGCGUCCACCAACUGAUGAACCUCCACCAUCACCAUUAUACUCAUCUUAUUCGUCCACAUCAUCCACUUCACCUUCUAUUUCUUCAAUAAGUCAUAAUAAUAAUAAUAAUAAUACAAUCAAUCCUAAAGGACCAAAAGAUACAUGUUAUGAGGGAGGAGUAUUUCAGUUAUUAUUAACAUUUCCAAAAGAUUAUCCAAUGUCACCACCAUCAUUAAGAUUUCUUUCAGAUUUUUGGCAUCCAAAUGUAUACAUUAGAGAAGGUAGAGUAUGUAUAAGUAUACUUCACCCACCAGGUGAUGAUAUUUUGAGUGGCGAGUUACCCGAAGAAAGAUGGCUGCCAACUCAGAGUGUUACAACCAUUAUCCUAAGUUUAAUGUCAAUUCUAUCAGAUCCAAAUUGUUCAUCACCUGCAAAUGUUGAUGCUUCUGUAGAGUGGAGAACAGAUAAAGAGCAAUAUAAAAAAAGAUGUUUAAAAUUGGUUGAAAAAGCAAAUAGAUUAAAACCAUCCCAUAUUGUAAUUCCACAUCCAGAUACAAAUCCAGAUGAACAUAGAAGAUAUGUAGAGAAAAUUAAAAGACAAAAUCAAGUUGUUGAUAGCGAUUAUUUUCAAUAUUCUGAUAGAGAAUAUGAUGAAGAAGAUGAUGAUGAUGAGGAUGAUGAUAAUGAAGAUAACAAUAUUAAUAAUAAUAACAAUAAUAAUGAAGAUGAUGAUGAAGAUGGUGAAGAUGAUGAAGAUGAUAAUAAUAGUGAUGUAGCAAGUGAGGAAGUUGUUUCAUCAGUUGAAAAAAGCAAUAACACCAAUGAUAGUAAUAGUAACAAUAAUAAUGAUAAUAAUAAUAAUAAUAAUAACAAUACUAGUAAUAAUAAUAAUAAUAAUAAUAAUAAUAAUAAUAAUAAUAAUAAUAAUAAUAAUGAUACAUCAAUUGGUAGAUCGUCUAUAUCUGAUAUUAUAAUUUCUGAUUCACCCCAAACUCAAACAAAGAAUCAAAUUUCAAAUACAACUGAUGAAACACCACAAACUACCACAACAACAACAACAACAACAACAACAACAACUACCACCACCACAGCUUCUUCUGAUAAUAAUAAUAACAAUAAUAAUGAUCAAAAUGGGACCCCAACUGUCCAAAAUUCUGAUAGUACCACACCUCCUUUACCUGUAAAUAACAACAAUGAUAACACACAAACAACAGUGGUUGCCAAUUUAGAAAGUAAUAAUACCACAAUUAAUAUUGAUAAUAACAACAAUAAUAAUAAUAAUAAUAAUAACAAUAAUAAUAACAAUAAUAAUAAUAAUAAUAAUAAUAAUAACAUUAACAAUAACAAUAAUAAUAAUAAUAAUAAUAAUAAUAAUAAUAAUAAUAAUAAUAAUAAUAAUAAUAAUAAUAAUAAUAAUAAUAAUAAUAAUAAUAAUAAUAAUAAUAAUAAUAAUAAUAAUAAUAAUGUCCCACCAACAACAAGUAGAAAAAAGAAAAAGUCAAAGAAAUGUAAUUUGAUGUAA